AUGACAGCAAGCUACAGCACCAUACCAUCCGUGGCCUCCAAGGCACCAGAGAUUUUCCAUGUCGCAAUCCCCGAACAGCAGCUAAGCGAUUUCAAGACGCUAUUAAAGCUGUCAAAGAUCCCCGCACCGACAUAUGAGAGUCUGCAGGAAGAUGGGAGGUAUGGGAUUAGCCAUAAGUGGCUGGCGGAGACGAAGAAGUACUGGGAGGAGGAGUUUGAUUGGAGAAAGAACGAGGAGUUCAUCAACUCAUUUCCCAACUUCAGGGCAACGGUCAAUCUCCCCGCCGGGAAUGAGAAUGAGGGGUUUAAAAUCCAUUUCGUCGCUUUAUUCUCUCAGAGAGCCGAUGCGAUCCCCAUUGCACUGCUCCAUGGCUGGCCAGGCAGCUUCCUCGAAUUCCUCCCUCUCCUCACUCUAAUGCGGGAGAAAUACACCCCCCAAACCCUCCCUUAUCAUCUGAUCGUCCCCUCCCUCCCAGGCUACGCCUUCUCGUCAACACCGCCGCUAACGCGUGGCUUCGAUGAGACCGACAUAGCCAAGGUCAUAAACCAGCUCAUGGUAGACCUUGGAUUUGAAUCGUCAGGCUAUCUGGCGCAAGGGGGCGAUCUUGGGUCUCCCGUUGCGAUGAAAUUAAACGAGUUGUACAAGGCUUGCAAAGGAUUCCACAUCAAUUUCUAUAUGACCCUAAGCUCCCCCCCAGAGGGAAUACCCGACACCGCCCUCACCGAAUCGGAAAAGGCGGGCCUUGAGCGCGGCGCACUAUGGAAGCAAACAGGCAAUGCAUAUGCGCUGGAGCAUGCCACGCGACCCAGCACCAUCGGGCUACUGCUGGGUGCUAGUCCGCUCUCAUUGCUGGGGUGGAUAGGCGAAAAGUUCUUGUCCUGGUCGGACGUGGCCCCGUCAACGGAGGAGAUUCUGCGGUCUGUGACGCUGUAUUGGUUUACGGAGUCCAUGGGGCGUGGCAUAUAUCCGUAUCGGAGCCCGACCUUGUUAUCAACUCCGCAAACCCCGAACAACAAGCCCUUCGGGUACUCAUAUUUCCCGAAGGAAUUAUGUCCGACGCCGAUAGCGUGGGCGCGGAAGUUAGGAAACAUGGUGUUCCAUAAGGAACAUGACAAAGGCGGACAUUUUGCUGCGCUCGAACAACCGCAGUUGUUCAUGGAGGAUCUGGAAGCGUUUGCUGCGGUGGCUUGGAAAUGCGCAAGUGAUGCAAAAUAA